UCGUGUCGUGGCGAUGGCGAUGGCGAUGGCAAUGCCAAUGGAGGUGGAGAUGGAGAUGGAGCGCGGCAGCGCUGAAAUUUGCAGCGGCGGCUCCUCCUCGGCGCUGCUAGCACCGAGCGUCAGCGAUGGGGGCGUCGCGGCGCAGUGGUCGGAGAUGCUGCCGGAAGCCCUGGCCAGGAUUUUCGCUGUUCUUCCGCUCGAGGAGCGAAUGCGGAGCGUCCCGGUGGUUUGCAAGGCGUGGCGCAAGGCGGCGAUGGAUCCGACGUGCUGGAGGGUUGUGGAUUUGCACGAAUGGAGCCGGCUCAUGCCCUGGGAGGUAAUCCACAGGAUGGUCCAGCUCGUUGUGGAGCGCAGCGGAGGCGGCCUCGAGGAGCUCUCGGUCUGUCGGCUCGCCAACGACGAGCCAGUGGAUUACAUCGCCAAGAGGGGUCAUGGGUUGAAAGUUCUUCGCAUACCAUUCUGCCAAGUCACGGACGGCUGCAUUGCCAACAUCGCCCCCAGCUUGAGCAGGAUAACUCACUUGGACAUCAGCGGCUGCACAGCGAUCUCCAAGACGGCGCUCGCGCAGAUCGGCCGCUCCUGCAAGUCGCUCGCGCGCCUCGACCGCAACAUGUCCUUUUUCUUCCAGACCAACAACUUGGUGGCCGAGGAGUAUGACGACGAGGCGCUGGCCAUCGCCGCACACAUGCCGCUGCUGAGACACCUCGAGCUCUGCUACGGAUCGCUCACGAACUCGGGGCUGGCCGCGAUACUGGACAAGUGCAAGAGCCUGGACUUUCUCGAUCUGAGGGGCUGCAUGAACUUGACGAUCGACGGGGCCAUGGCCGAGCGGUGCCGGAAGAUCAGAGUCAUCUACAACAUCAAGUUCAAUGACCAGUUCCAGAUGCUCGACCUGUACGACGACAUGUCCGACGUGCACUACUCGGACGAUGGCUGGGAUAUCGAGGAAUGGUACUCGAGCUCGGAUGAGAUUGACGAUGUUCUUCCCUGCGAGAUGUGGUGAGCGACGGGGGGAGAGCGAGUGCGGCAGAAGCAGCGCUCGCAACGAGGCUCUCCAGGCUUUAAACUCGUCUAUCAGGGAGGACACACAGGACAGGAAAAACACACAUAGCUAUAAGCUAUCUUACAGGAGGACUCAGGGUUCAGGGAGGAGGGGAAAGGACUUCCUCCUUGGUUGUAGAGUUUUUAUUUUCUUCUUUCUUCUGCUAGGUGCUGCUGCUGCUACCGCCGCCGCUGCUCAGCUCGAAGUUAUGGCUCCCUCUCUGUGCGGUAUCUCCUUGGAGCGGUAUCCAAUUCAGGUACCCGAUUCAAAGCUCUUGAGAAAUUCGCAGGUUGUCAAGCAGGAUUGAUUGACACGGGGGGAAAGUAUAGCUAGAGAGGAAAGAAACUCUCAAGAACAGUGCCUCUCGCAGUUUGGAGGAGAUAGAUGAUCAUAUCAGGGAAAGCCAAAUCCGGCUUUGGCGGAAGAAUCGAAGAUGGAGUAAAGACAGACAAAAGAGUCCACAGGAAGAAGAAAAUUCAAUCCAAUCAAAUCAAACCAAGUCCCUGGCCGUAAAGGAAAAGCCCAUUCUUUUUUUCUUUCUUUUUUCUUUCUUUUUUGUCUUUCUCACACACCCUGUUGUAAUAUGAAAUAGCUUACCUCUUGUUUUUUUUUU